AUGUCAGAGACGGAUAAUUCAGAUGUCUCUUUUGCAACAACAAGUGACGACGAGACUAUCCUUGAUCACGAUAGAAUAGAGCAGCAACAGUGUGACGUGGCAACUAGUUUUGAGCCCUAUCAGGAUGAGCCUCUUGCUUCGUCAUCGAGUAGCGAAGGACUGGCCGACGAUGACCCUGACAUCGAUGGAAUUCCGUUUGAGGCUCUGGAAGCAAGGUACGAAAGAAGGGUGCCAAUUGAGGAAUGGUGUCAUUGUGGGAAAUGCUCUGUUGAAGGCCUAGUCGCUUCUAGGGAAUACAGAUGCUGUUGGGAGGUACAACAGGCUAUUGGACAGUUGGUAUUUCAGGGAACAGCAGAAGAACUGAGAUGUGUUACUAAUCAUCCAGAUUUCUCUGCUUUAUCAAACAAAACUGUCCUAAAACUUGCUGGAUCUCUUUUCAAAACCAGGGAUGGAAAAUGCUACAAGCGUCAAGCAAAUCAAACAGAAAAUGAAUUUUUAAGAGCUGUUGCAUACAGAUGGCUUAUUCGCUGGAUGUUUGGCUUUCUUGGAUACGAUAAUGCCCGACCUCUCCCAGCCUGCAUAUAUAAAUUCAUAAGAGAGAGAUUCCCAACAGGAGCAAAAAAGGGAUACAAAUCGAGUCAACAACGCGACCUAGUAGACUGA